AUGUCAACGACUUCGUGCUGGGCCUUUGAACCAAAAUCGAAUUGUUCAGCCAAUGAACUACUCGCUUGGCUAAAUGGCAUCGUAGGAGCUGACUUUGGAGAAGUUAGCGAAUUACGUACUGGUGCAGCCUAUUGCCAAGCUAUGCAUUAUCUUUUCCCCUACACAAUUGAUUUGAGAACGGUUGUAUUUUUUACUAAUGUGAAAAUGGAUUGUGUACAUAACUAUAAGUUGCUGCAAUCAGCAAUUGACUCUCUCAGAUUUGUUAUCAAGUCUAAGAUAAUACCGAUAUUGGAUAUUACUGAGUAUCGCUAUAUACCAAAUUUACAUUUUCUAAUUUGGUUUAAACAGUUUUAUGAUUCUCACUGUAAAAACUCAACUAGCACUCGUGAUCAUGUUGCAGAACGCUUCAAUCAAAAAAUUGGUUAUGGCACUCCAACCAAUGAAUCCGUACAAAAAUAUAUAGCGGUUGCCAAUACCAAACCACAAAGUAUCCAUAAGGCUGAAAUUAUUAAAAAGCUGCUUGAUAUAAAGGUUGGUUCAAAGAGCUCAGAGAAAGACCACAAGGAUGCUAUGCUACAGAGCGUGCUUGCUGAAAGGAAUUCAUAUAAGAAAAAAUUGAAUAAUAUUGAGGCAGUGUGCAAACAAUACUUGACUAAACAUCCGUUUGCUUACAAAAUGGUGAAAAUCCUACAGGAUGUUAAAAUACAAGAAAGGUCAUUUACUGCACAAGGAUUAUCAAAAAAAAACGAAUUAUUGUAG